AUGACCGACCCUAACAUCAUCGACUUCGAUGGCCCAGACGAUCCCGCAAACCCCAUAAACUGGACUCCCCGCUACAAAUGGUCCAUGGUAGCAAUUCUUUCCCUGAUGAAUCUAAUGGUAAAUCUAGGAACCAUUAUCGUAGCACCCGCAGCCCCGCAAAUCCUCGCAGACUUUCAUGAAAAUAGCGGUCUAUACUCUACCAUCCUGGUAUCCAUCUGGGAGCUAGGCGAAAUUCUCGGGCCUUUGAUAAUCGCGCCUCUCGCGGAGCUUUAUGGAAAGCUGAUUAUAUACAAUGUAGCCAACGUCCUCUUCAUCAUCUUCUCGAUUGGAGGAGCGACCAGUACUAACAUCGACAUGCUCAUUGCGUUUCGAUGUUUAAGUGGUUUGAUGGUUGCAUCUACAACACUCAAUGAUGGAACUAUAGGUGACAUGUUUCCUCCAGAGCAGCGUGGAGGUGCUAUAUCACUUAUCAGUCUUUGUCCACUACUGGGUAUCAUCGUUGGCCCAAUCAUCGGAGGGUAUCUUACGGCUGCUGCGGGAUGGCGCUGGACAUUCUGGAUCAUCUCUAUUGCAACCGGUGUUGUGCAAAUAGGAUUUUUGUUCCUGAGAGAAACAUACGCGGUAACGAUUCUCCAAAAAAAGACGAACCGGUUAAGAAAGGAAACAGGAAAUAUGGCACUCCGAUCUAAAUACGCGAGCGAUCUUUCUAAAAGCCAGGUCUUCCGAACGGCAGCUUUAAGACCUGUAAAAAUGCUUCUCUUCUCUCCGAUUAUUCUGAUUAUGUCUCUGUAUUCGGCAGUUAUCUAUGGAUGGCUAUAUCUAGUAAUGACAACCCUAACCGAAGUAUUCGAGUCACAAUUCAACGUAUCACAAGGACCCGUCGGACUCACCUUCAUCGGGAUAGGAAUCGGCAUGUUUAUUGGAGCCAUCAGCUGCAACCUCCUCCUCGACAAAUGGGCGAUCCGAGCCGCAGCUGGAGGAGAGAUAAAACCGGAAUACAGACUGCCAGUUAUGGUUCUUGGCGGUAUGAUUCUCCCAAUCGGAUUCUUCAUCUACGGAUGGACAGCCGAAAAACACAUUCAAUACGUCGUCCCCAUUAUGGGGACCGCAAUUAUAUCUUGCGGGUUGAUACUUACGACUCUUCCUUGCGUCACGUAUAUUGUGGAUGCAUAUACGCAGCAUGCGGUGUCCGCCAUGGCAGCUAUGAUAGUAUUACGAAAUGUGGCGGGUACGGUGCUUCCUUUAGCCGGGCCGCCCCUAUACGGCAAACUUGGGCUAGGAUGGGGCAGCUCAGUUUUGGGCUUUAUUGCACUGGCAUUUGUCCCCAUACCAUUAUUGCUGGUAAAGUUUGGAGAGAGAAUUAGAACGAGUAGGAGAUUUGAAAUGAACAUGUAG